GUCGCCAGAUCAAAGCGGGCGCGCGGGGGGAGGGGCGAAGCGGAGUGCAGGCGCGAAGCGGAGUGCAGGCGCGCGCCUCCUUCUCUCUCUCUCUCUCUCUCUCUCUCUCUCGGGGGCGGGACUAGGACUAUGAGCCCCCGGCAGUGCCGGGCCGGGCCGAGGAGGUAGCCGCGGGCGGAGCAGCGGAAGGAAGGAAGGGACUGGCGGCGGGCGAGGAGGGCGGAUGGGGACCCCGUCGGUGGCGGCUUCUGCGGCUGCCGGUGCUACUGCUGCUGUUUGAGCCUGGAGCCCCCGCGGCGCCGCGUCCGCCUGAGCCGAGGUGGGGGGAGCAUCUCCGGAUCGGCGGCCCGCCCCCCCGGGCCCCACCCACGUCCCCACCCAGCCAGGUCUGGGAAGCGACGGCCGCGGAAGCAGCAGCAGCAGCAGGAGGAGGAGGAGCGGGGGCUGCAGCGCCGCGCACAAAACCAGCAGCCAUGAGCGAGUCGGUUGUCUGCACCACUCGAGCAACUGUGAUGCUGUAUGACGAUGCCAACAAGAAAUGGGUGCCGGCGGGGAGUGGGCCCCAGGCCUUCAGCCGCAUCCAGAUCUACCACAGCCCCAUCAACAACACAUUCAGGGUGGUGGGGCGCAAGAUGCAGCCAGACCAACAGGUGGUCAUUAACAGUCCAAUAGUGAAAGGGCUGAAAUACAACCAGGCCACACCCAACUUUCACCAGUGGCGUGAUGCCCGCCAGGUCUGGGGGCUCAACUUUGGCACCAAAGAGGACGCUGGCCAGUUUGCUGGUGGAAUGAUGCACGCCCUGGAGAUGCUGGAUUCAGGAAACUCUGCACCACCUCGGCCCAUCCAAAACGGCCCCUCUGCAGACGAAGUCGCGGAGCAACAGAAAAGGCAGCAACAGCUAGAGAAGGAGCUGCAGGAGCAAGCGGAGCGGGAGCGGAGGGCGGCCCUCUCAGCACCUGCAGUGACCCCUUCAGGAGGAGGCCCUCCGCCCCCACCAGGACCGCCACCGGCGCCGCCAUGCCCACCCCCGGGCCUGCCCCCAGGACCUCUGGGCCCACCACCAGGAGCACCAGCAGGACCGCCACCCCCUCCAGGGCCUCCCCCACCUCCCGGCCCGCCGCCCUCGGGGGGGGGUCCUCCCCCAGCGCCGCCCCUCCCUCCUCCCCAGGGCCCUGCCGGAGGAGCUGGUCCACCCUCCGGCUUGGCUGCUGCUCUCGCCGGGGCGAAGCUCAAGAAGGUUGGCAAGGAGGAGGGGCCAAAGGCUGCACCUGGGGCUGCCCCCCCACCAAGUGGGCCAGGCGGGGGAGGGCUCAUGGAGGAAAUGAGUGCCAUGUUGGCGCGGCGGAGGAAGGUUGCAGAGCAGGGUGAGAAGCCCAUUCCAAAGAAAGAGGAAGGUCCCACGAACCAAGACGACACAGAAGCCACUGGUGCCAAAACCACAGAUUCCUUCCGGAGGCCUUGGGAAAAGGCUAGUACAACACUACCCAGGAUGAAAUCUGCUGGCGCAAUUUCUGGUCCGGAACCGGCAGGCGGUGGAGGAGAUGAAUCGGAGCUGGAACGGGUGAAACAGGAGCUUCUCCAGGAGGUCCGGCGGGAGCUACAGAAGGUGAAAGAGGAGAUCAUACAGGCGUUUGUAACAGAACUACGGAAGCGGGGAUCUCCUUAGGGACACCCCCCCAAAAAACCCCACUUGCCGGUGCCACCUGGAGUCAAGCAGUUUAAUUCUCCCGAAUGUGCAGAAAAGAAUAAAACAAGGAAAAAGAAGGAACAACCCAAUCACCCCCCUUUCCCCCCUCCCUGUGCACCAGAAGAGCUCCACCCACCCCCUCCCUGUCGGCUCCCAGGCCUCUGGCCCCCGCUGUGCAAUUUCAGGUGGGGGAGAGGGACAAUCUGUGGUGGCCCCCCACCCCAGGAAGGGCAGGGCCCCCGCCUGUGCCUUACCCAGAGCAAUAGCAGCGCCCCUUCUUCCUUACCUGCUCCCCCUGCAAUGAGGGGCUGUUCCCACGGGAGGUAGGGGGGCCAGUUCCCUGGCGGAACUGGCGCCUCCCCCCUUACACUGUGCCAUUCCCAGAGAGGGCCAGAUCCUCCUUCCUCACCCCUGCCCCCAUCAUUGUCCCUUUUCACUCUUUGACAAGACCUUCUGUGUCUGAUUUGUCUCCCCCUGGUGGGGGGGGGUGUAAGCAGCCCAGCCAGAACAUGGACACUCAAAGGAGGGAAGUUGAGGGUGGGGGGGAGAAGGGAGAAGUACCUGUUUCUUGAGGAGAGUAUCCUGGGCUAAGGGAAUCCCAUCUACUGCACCAAACUGAAGAAGGUUCCUUUCCUUUCAGGUAGUGGUUGGCAACCUGGUUGGCUCUGAAGGCCAAACCUCAUUUGUCCUUUACUGGAUUUUAGGCUCAAUCCCUUCCGAGCUUCCCUCCUUUUGCCAGAGCUUCCUUCACCAGGAGUGUUUUCUUUCCCUAAUGUCGCUCCUCUAACCACUGGCAUUUCCCUUUCCAAUCCAGGGAGGCAAUAACUUGGGACUCUGGCUCCGUCCCUUCCGAGCUUCCCUCCUUCUGCUGGCAUUUCCCUUUCUAAUCCAGGGAGGAGAUCUCCUAAACGUUUCCUUUUGCAGGACAGAAUUUGCAGGGGGUGGGGGCAGAAAGGGACUGGAAAGGGACAGAGAAACAGCAGCAGGUGAGGCAUGAAGCUGCCUAGGUAGGUAGGUAGCGGUGGCAGCUUGGGGAGGGGGAUAGCGUUCCCACUUGGUGGUAGUAAUCUGACCUCGGCCAGACCUUGGGUGGCUGGUUGCCAAUCACUACCUUUUUCAAAGGCAUCCUUACCUGCAGUGCAUGCCCCUUGCUUAGUCACGCAUGCACCCCCCCAGAAGAUGGAACUUGUUCCUGAAAAGGGGGGCCUUCUACCCCCCCAACACACUUCCCAGGACCCUUUUCUCAUUUCACACACUCUUUGCUGGUUUCUCUUGGGUUUGUUUUGUAACUGUCUUACUUUACACACUUGAGACGGGGUGGUAGUUAUCCAGUACACCCCCCCUUCCCAAUCUCUGCUCCCACCUCUCUGGGUAAUAUUUUUAAAAAACCUUUCCACCCCUCUGCCUCCUUCGGGCUGUGGAGGGGGAGCCGGGGAAACUCUUGGCUUUUCUACUGAGCUGUAAUUUUUUGACUUUGUUUUGUUAUUUUUGACAGGCUGGAUGGAAUAUGAUAUUUUGAUUUUUUAAUUAUUAUUAUGACUGAUCUGCUGGGUACUUCUGCCCAAUUUCUACCCACCCUCCUGCUCCACAGCACUUGCUCACCUGCAGACGGGCACUAGGAUCUUGGGCACAUGCACCAAAUUUCUCUAGGAAUAAAUCUUUUCCCUUUUUGUAAAAUUGCAAAAA